AUGAGGACCAAAUUCAGAGAGAAAAUCACCUCCCUGCACCUCCUGCUCCAGAUUCCCCCGGUUAUACGUCCCACGAGCGUAGUCGCUCUUUUAGCCACAGCGUCGCCCUGGGAGCUCGUGUUCAGCUGCUACUCCAGCAUGCCGCCCAAAUCUCUUUUUCAGAGUCCCCGCUUCCCGGGAUCAAGCCCCCCACCCUAUGGCGACGCCGGUCUCAUGGGACCUGCGGUCACGUGGGCAAGGCAGGCGCGCAAUGCAUGCUGGCCGCCGGGAAAUCCCCAACUCGUGCAUGUGGAUACAAAGUGCCCGGGAGAGACGGGAGUGCAGAUCUCAGCGGAGGGAACAGCUGGAAUGGAGCCGAUGUUGGAUCCCGGGCUGGAGCCGAUGUUGGACCCCGGGCUAGAGCCUCCUCUGAGCCAGGAGAGCUUCUCCGAUUUCUGGAGCAUGAUGGCGCGUCGCACCGCACAGGAUUCCACCACACAGGAUUCCCAGGGACUGUUUAGCCUGCCGGACCCAGACCUGAGCCUGGCCCUGGGCCUGUCUGACUCAGCGGACCCCUCCCUCCUGCUGCCGCAGGCUGGGGGCAGCGAUGGGGGCUGGGGGCUCCCUGACCCGGCCCCGGAGCCGCCCCCCACCUCUGCCACCGUCCCCUCUACCGAGGACUACGCUGGGGAGCACGGAUUCGAACUGGCCUUCCAGCAGUCGGGGACCGCCAAGUCUGUCACCUGCACCUACUCCCCACAGCUGAACAAGCUGUACUGCCAGCUGGCGAGGACCUGCCCCGUGCAGAUCAGGACUGCCAGCCAGCCCCCGGCCGGCUCCGUCAUCCGGGCCACGGCCGUCUACAAGAAAUCGGAGCACGUGGCCGAGGUGGUGAGACGCUGCCCCCACCACGAACGCUGCGAGGAGUACCGUGACGGGGUCGCCCCGGCCCGCCACCUGAUCCGGAUCGAAGGGAACCAGCAGGCGCAUUACUACGACGACGAAAACACCAAGCGCCAGAGUGUCACGGUGCCCUAUGAGAUGCCCCAGCUGGGGUCCGACUGCACCACCGUGCUGUAUAACUUCAUGUGUAACAGUUCGUGCAUGGGGGGCAUGAACCGGCGUCCCAUCCUGGCCAUCAUCACUCUGGAAGGCAGGCACGGGCAGCUCCUGGGCCGCCGAUGCUUCGAGGUUCGAGUCUGCGCCUGCCCCGGACGGGACCGCAGGACGGAGGAGGAGAAUUUCUGCAAGAAAUUGGCCGGCAGGGUCCUGAAUGGGGCCGGGGCGCACAAAGGGGGCAGAGCCAAGAGAGCUCUCCAGGCUACCAUGGAAGCAGCUGAGAAUCCCAAGAAGCUGGUGGUGUCCUCUGAGAAAGAGGUCUUCCUCCUCGAGGUUCAUGGGCGCAAACGAUACAUGAUGCUGAAGGAAAUCAACGACGCUCUAGAGAUGGCGGCCGCGAAGCAGCAGGGGGAGCCGGAGAGUCACCGGAAUGCCACGCCCUCCAGGUUGCUGAAGACCCGGAAGGAGUCGGCGGAUGGGGUGCUGCCUCGGAGCGGAAAGAAGCUGCUGGUGAAGGAGGAGGAUUCGGAAUAAUCCCCCCCUCCCCAAACCCACCCCUCCGCCUCCCCCUGUCUUGCACUCAGCUAAUUUUCACUGCCAGCUUUUUACGGAGUUGUAGUUUUCUGUGAACUCUCCUCUCUCCCGGGGGCAGCAGGGUCGGCCCCACGGUUCCUCCUCUCAGCACUGGGGCUCCCCCCCCCCUCACUUCUCAGGACGGCAGAGGCGGGCAGGAAGAUUGUUCCCAUCCUGCUGAGGACCCCGCCUCCUGGUCCCGCGAUCCCGCCCCGCUCUGUACUCCCACCCCUUCCAGCAGACUUUUAUACCAACUUUUUAUACAAUAAAUUUAGCUGAUUCUUA